AUGAACAAAAUCUGGAUCGUCUCCCUCUGUCUCAUCGCUGUAGCAGCAUCCCAGGAGUUUGGAUCCUAUAGCGGAGGACAACGGACAUUCAUUGGAUACAUUGGAGGAGGAAAGGCAAAGAAGUGCAGCACUGGAGCUGAUUGUGGAUCAACUCAAGUUUGUGCCGAUGGGAUUUGCGUCGUGGACAACGGAUACGGAGGUCGCUGCUCUGCUGAUGCCUACUGUCCAAAUGGAUUUAUCUGUGUUGAUGGCAAGUGUCAGGAAUCCAGAAGAUUCGCUAAAACCUGCCCGUUCGUUUGCCCACGCGGAACAGUCUGCACGAAUGGAAGUGAUAGAUGUGUUGCAGUUCCUUCCAACUUCGUCGGAGCUGGUCCAUGCCCGAUUCGAUGCCCAGAUGGUCAAGUCUGUAAGAACGGAGCUUGUGUUCCAUUCUUUUCCAGCUUCGUCGGAGCUCUUUCAUGUCCAAUCCGAUGCCCAGACGGUCAAGCUUGUAGAAACGGAGUCUGUCUUCCAAUCCUCACAAACUUCGUUGGAGCUGGUCCAUGCCCAAUCCGAUGCCCAGAUGGACAAGCUUGUAAAAAUGGAGUCUGUCUUCCAUUCCGUUCGUUCGCCGAUAAGCCAUGCAGCACCGGAGCUGAUUGUGAAGCUUCUCAGUUCUGCGUCGAUGGAAAGUGUGUCGUUGACAACGGAUACGGAGGUCGCUGCUCUGCUGACGCCUUCUGCCCUAACGGAUUCAUCUGCAUCAAUGGCAAGUGUGCCAAGAGCAAGCGUCACUUCACCCUCCCAUGCACUGCUCCAUGUCCACCAGGACAGAAAUGCAUCAACGGAGCUUGCGUUGGAAUCGAUAUGUUCAAUAUUUUCUAUUGA